AUGGCUUCUCCCGACCCCGCCCUCCUCGCAAACCUCCGCUCCCUCUACGCCGCCGCCGACCAGUCCCACGUCUUCACCUUCUACGACUCUCUUCCCCCCGCCGAGCAGGCUUCCCUCCUCGCUCAGCUCGAGUCUAUCGACGUCGCUCGUGUCAACCGCAUCUUUGCCAACGCCGUUGCUGCUGCCGCUGCCAUCACUCCUGCCAAGGAGAAUGUCAACCUGCUUGAGCAGAGCCCCACGGUCCACAAGGGCGAAGGGGAGAAUGGAAAUCUCGUCGGCAAUGGACCCGAGGACACCGAGGCCAAGCCUUUGCCCGAGGAGGCGACUGCGACCGUGCUGAACAACCCUGAGGAGGAGGCCAAGUGGCGGGCGCAGGGUUUGGAGGCGAUCGCAAACAACCAGGUCGCGGUCUUGCUCUUGGCCGGUGGACAGGGUACCCGUCUUGGCUCGGCUCUUCCCAAGGGGAUGUACGAUAUCCAGCUGCCUAGCGGCAAGACUCUUUUCGAGUACCAGGCGAAGAGGAUUGGCAAGAUUGAAAAUCUCGCCGAGGAGACGUAUAAGAAGGAGAAGGGCAGUGUGAGGGUCAGGUGGUAUGUCAUGACCAGUGGUCCUACUAGGCAAGCGACGGAAAAGUACUUCCGGGAGAGUGGUUUCUUUGGUCUGAGAGAACAGGAUGUCAUCUUCUUUGAGCAGGGCGUUCUUCCGGCUUUCAGCAAUGAAGGCAAGCUCCUUCUGUCCGGCCCCAGCUCCCUCUCUGUCGCCCCGGACGGCAACGGUGGUCUCUAUGCUGCCCUUCGCCGCCCUCUCUCUCCCUCCUCCCCCACCACCGUCCUCUCCGACUUGCGCGACCGUAACAUCCAAUACAUCCAUGGUUACUGCGUCGACAACUGCCUCGUCCGCGUCGCCGACCCCGUCUUCAUUGGCUGCUGUCUCUCCCGUAAAGCCGCCGUUGGCGCCAAGGUCGUCCGCAAAGAGUACCCCGAAGAGAGCGUUGGUGUGCUCGCUGCCAAGGGCGACGCUUUCGCCGUGGUCGAGUACUCUGAACUGAGCAAGGAGAAGGCCGAGCAGAGGACGGCGGACGGCCAGCUCGCUUUCCGAGCCGCCAACAUUGUCAACCACUUUUACACUGUCGACUUUUUGGAGAGUGUGGAGGAGAUGGAGAAGGACAUGGCGUUCCACAUUGCGCGCAAGAAGAUUCCUACCGUCGACCUCUCUUCUGGCGCUGCCAUCAAACCCACCGAGCCGAACGGCAUGAAGCUCGAGCUCUUCAUCUUUGACGUCUUCCCCUUCACAAAGUCUCUCUGUGUGCUCGAAGUCGACCGAGCAGAGGAAUUCUCGCCUUUGAAGAAUGCCCCCGGCAGCAAGGCCGACUGCCCCGAGACGAGUCGACGCGAUCUGCUGGCGCAGCAGAAGAGGUGGUUGCAAGCUGCCGGGGCCGAGGUGGCUGAGGGUGUAGAAGUGGAGGUCAGCCCGGAAGUCAGCUAUGCCGGCGAGGGGCUCGAAUGGGUCAAGGGCGUCAAGAUCAUGAAGAGUGGGGUGUUGAGUGGGAAGGGUGGGUUGGCUGAGCUGAGUGCUUAG